GACUAUUGGAGCCACCGUGCACGCUCACUCUCACAACAUUUACUGUCUCAGUCUCGUGAGAUUAUCGUGUCCAUGUCAGUGACGUACGAUUAGUGACCACUUGUAUGAGCGCUGUUUGUCGCUGUUUGUGAUCAGUUCACUGACACGUUGACGACGAUGGAGAGCAAGAAGAGAAGGGGUAUCUUGGAGCGACUAAAUGCUGGGGAGGUGGUUGUAGGCGAUGGAGGUUAUGUGCUGCAGUUAGAGCGACGCGGGUAUGUGAAGGCGGGACACUGGACACCUGAGGCUGCUGUUGAACACCCUGAAGCAGUGCGUCAGCUGCACAGAGAGUUCCUGAGAGCAGGAGCCAACGUGAUUCAGACAUUUACCUUCUACUGCAGCGAGGACAAGCUGGAGAUAAGUGGCAAUGUCACCAAAAUGACUGGGGCCCAGAUCAAUGAGGCAGCAUGUGACCUGGCCAGGGAGGUCGCCAACGAGGGUGAUGCGUUGGUCGCUGGGUGUGUCUCUAAGACUCCCUGUUAUGUGCAGAGUCACAGUGAGACUGAGGUCAAGACCAUCUUUAAGAAACAGAUGGAUGAUUUCCUCAAGAAGGACAUUGAUUUCUUGAUAGUGGAGUUUUUUGAUCACGUGGAAGAGGCCGUGUGGGCAGUGGAGGUGCUAAAGACCAGCGGUAGACCAGUGGGAGCAACGCUUUGCAUCUCCCCUCAAGGAGACAUGCAGGGAGUCCCACCUGGAGAGUGUGCUGUCAGGCUGGUCAGAGCUGGAGCCGACAUUGUUGGAAUAAACUGCCACCUGGACCCUCUGACGUGCGUCCGUACAGUGAAGUUGAUGAAAGAGGGAUUAGAGAAAGCUGGUCUCAAAUCUCAUCUCAUGGUCCAGCCGCUGGGCUGUCACACACCCGAGUGUAACUUGGGUGGAUACCCCUCCCUCCCUGAGUACCCCUUUGCUCUGGAGACCAGAACAGUGACCCGCUGGGACAUUCAUAAAUACGCCAGAGAGGCUUACAAUGCUGGAAUUCGCUACAUUGGUGGCUGCUGUGGGUUUGAGGCCUACCAUAUCAGAGCUAUAGCAGAGGAGCUGGCUGCAGAGAGAGGAUUCCUCCCUCCAGCUUCAGAGAAGCACGGACUGUGGGGAGCUGCUCUGGAGAUGCACACUAAACCCUGGGUCAGAGCCAGGGCUCGUCGAGAGUACUGGGAAAACCUUCUGCCUGCUUCUGGACGUCCCAAUUGCCCCUCCAUGUCCACACCAGAGGAUGAUUAUGAACAAAAGCUGAAAUCUACCAUAUCGAUAAUGUCUUGUAUGAACUACACAGUUUUCUCUAUUCUUCAUAUGUCUGAUCAGAUUAUCCCCUUUUCAGAUAAAAAUGGCAAUCAGGGUACUUAUCAACCACGUCUUUGUGUACGCAGAGAUCUGUGAAAUGGGUCGUAGGCUACUGUUUCAAAAAUCAUCACCUGUCAUUAUUUUAAGUGCAUUAUUUGUUGGUUUGGUAUUUGUUUAGUUGGCUCAGUCAUAUUACACAUACUGUAACUUCAUUAUUGAAUCAGCUGCUUCCUUUUAGUACUGUAACUAUGCAUUAAUCUUCUAAGCUUCAUAACCAAUUUGACUUCCACUUGUU